UACGGGCUUAAUGCUGAGGGACAAAGACAUUCCGUAGACGAGACGAGAGGGAAUCUUCUGUGAGGGCGGCGCGCAGACGGCUUUCAUCGUAUGUAAAUACGUGUCCUGCAAAAAACGUAUGGACGACAAAUAAAAACCCCGCCCGUGUGGGGAGUAGGGCCGGGCGUCGCCGGGCGCACUCGCAGCCGCACUCUGCAGUUGCAUUCGGCCGCGCCGACGCGCGCACGCAGCCUCCACCCUCGCCCUCACUAUGCGCAUGCUCGCACCACCCACGAUCCUAGUUUUUGCAGUAUUCCGUUAACCAGUAGAACUUCGCGUGCGAUCCGUUUCCGCUCCGCCGAUCGCGUAGAUUAAGGGUUGCGGACCGCUCAAUUGUGUCAGUCGCUCUUGAGUUGCGAUUAUGAAGGCGAACGCGGUCGCUCCAGUACCAGCGGGCGGGGAGGCGAGCCCCGCGGGCCCGCCGGCCGAGGACGCCAUGAGGGGAGUCGAAGGGACACCAGAGGAACAGGAAAAAUUAGCGACAGGAAACAACAAUGGCUCCCUGGACUGCAAACUGCCGCCCCAGCAGGCCGUCCCUCGCUCCGCCUUCCAUUCCACACGAGUCUUCAUGCUGGUUUUCCUGUCCGGUUGGGUGCUGCAGGGGAUGUUCCUCACGUAUUUCGUGAGCGUGACGACAACAGUUGAGAAACUUUUUAAGAUCGAGUCGAAGACGACCGGGACGUUGCUGGCGGCGACGGAGAUCGGCCAGAUAUGUACGGCGUUGUUUUUGACGUAUCUGGCGGGGCGAGGGCACCGGCCGCGAUGGAUCGCGUGCAUGAUGCUGGUGCUGGCCGUGGGGGUGAUCGGCUGCGUGCUACCCCACAUGAAGUACGGGACGGAGCUGUUGGAUGUCCACUUAGAUUCCCACAGAGGCGGGGCAGCUCCGGUCUGUUCGAACGGAACGACGAACAAUAGCUCGUGUGACGCCGCGCACGUGCAGAGUACCGCGAACCGCGCGUCGAUGACGGCGGUGGUGAUCCCGUGGCUGUUCGUGUGCCUGCUGGUCGUGGGCGUGGGACAGACGGGCAUCGCUACGUUGGGGAUCCCCUAUGUCGACGACAACGUCGGCAGCCGACAGUCGCCACUCUACAUGGCAAUCACCAUCGGCAUCAGGGUGAUCGGACCAGCCUUGGGCUUUCUGCUGGGGGCUCUUUGCACCAGGGUGUACGUGGAUCCCCUCACCGAUCCCGGCUACGAUUCCAGUGACCCGCGAUGGGUCGGAGCUUGGUGGCUUGGAAUGGUGUUCAUAGCCGGGUUCAUCGUGAUCCUGUCGGCGCUUAUGUUCUUCUUCCCGAAGCAAAUUCGGCAGGAGCCUAUGCCUGUAAUCAGGAAGAGCAAGGAAAAGAGCCAGCCAUUCUUCAAAGAUUUCUUCGCCACAAUAAAGCGUCAGCUGACAAACGACAUCCUAAUGUGGCGGACCGCUUCAUCUGUACUCCACCUCAUGCCGAUCUCUGGGGUCUACAGCUUCCUGCCCAAGUACUUGGAGAAGCAGUUCCGAUUGCCCACGCACGACGCUAACCUAGUCUCGGGUUUGGGCGGUAUUCUAGUCAUGGGUCUGGGCAUCAUCACGUCGGGCGUGGUGAUCCUGAAGCUGGUGCCGACGGCGCGGCAGGUCGCCGCGUGGACGGCGGCUACGGCUGCCAUUUAUAGCGCCGGUAUGGUGGUGCUAAUGUUCGUGAGCUGCCCCGAGGAGAGCUACCGCGCGCUCAGCUCGGGUGUAACAGGCGCGGGCGGCAACCUGUCCUGCAGCGCGGCCUGCGCCUGCGACGGCGUCGCCUACAGCCCGGUCUGCGGACAGGACGCGUACACGUACACAUCGCCGUGCCAGGCGGGCUGCCUGGGCAGCGUGCAGGUGGACAACAGCACGUGGCUGUACCACGGCUGCGGCUGCAUCGCCAACAACGGCACCGCGGCCAAGCCCGCCAGCGCUUUCGAGCGUUACGCCCUUCUCAACGAGUCAUCUGAUUUACUCCGUGAGAUUCAGUCGGACGAGUUCAGUCUGUCCGGGUACGCGGUCACCGGCGAGUGCGGCGGCCCCUGCAAGCAGAUAUACGCGUUUAUUGCGAUAUUCGCGGCGCUUAUGUUUGUACAUGCCAGUGGGGAGGUUGGUGCGGUGCUGCUCAUUAUACGGUGUACGGAUAAACACGACAAGGCGAUGGCGAUGGGCGUGAUCCAGUUCGCGAUCGGCGUGUUCGGCAACGUGCCGUGCCCCAUCGUGUUCGGCGCCGCCAUCGACGCCGCGUGCCGCGCGCGCGACGCGCUCUGCGGCGCGCUCGGCGCCUGCGCCAACUACGACAACGACAGCCUGCGCCAUCUGUUCCUGGGGUUGUCAUCGGGGCUGAUGUUCCUGGCGUUCAUUAUGGACAUGCUGGUGUGGAGCCGCGCGGGCCGCAUCGACAUGAACCCGGGCGACCGCGACCACCACCAGUCCCCCGGCGACCGCGACCACCACCAGCACCACGACCCACUACCCGUGCAGCCGCCGGAGAGCCAGCUUUGACAGCUUUAUGAGUCACACUUCUAGACGGUGACAACCCUGCAAGGUAACCACCGCUGGGUUAGCGCAGUGGACGCUCCGAGUGACACUUCUGUGGUAGGUGUUACGUGUUGACGGAUUUCGACUGUAGUUCUUUAGUGGAGAUUGUGACGCAUAUUGGUAGUAAUUCUUUACGCUGUGAAGUAAUUGAUCAAAGUGUACAUUGUAUUGUACGAAGAUUGUCAAUUAGUAUGGCUUUUGUUAUCUAGAUGUUGUUUAGACUUACUAGGAUCGGUCGAGGAAUUUGAUGUAUGUGCCACUUCUAUAUACACACACAGAUUCAAUAAUACUAUGAAAUCAUAUUGAUUGUCUCUGAGACUAGGAUACGAAGCGGCAUAGAAAUCAAAUAGCUUGAAAGUACGUUUCUACCCAAACGACAAGUUAUACUAAAUUAUGACUAAUUUACGAUUGUGUUUUUGACCUAGAAAGUUUUGAAAUCGAACACGAAAAGCCCGAAGGUUUUAGAAAGGGGUUAUUAAGCUAUAUGAAACAAUAUUGUUAUAUUUUUCAGCUGGCAUCACUGACCAGUUAAACAAUUAUAAAUUUAGAUCAAAUUUAAAUUAAAUAGGUCUGCAUUUUUUUCUGUUAUAUUUGUGCAUUUUAUACACUAGUUACAUUUUAUGAAAUAAGUAUUUCUGCUCAAUUUUAUACAAGAAACAGUGAAUCGAGCAUAAUAUUUUUCAACUGUAAAUAUAUGUAAUGAAUGAAAUGAACUGGGAUCAAAUGUAAGCUUAAAUCAAUAUUUGUAUAUAAUAAUAUAAUAGGCGCAUACGUUUUUAAAAUGAAUUUCUUGAGGAUUUUUCCGUGAAAAUUUGAAAAAGUAGACAAUGAUUGUCGAAGAAUCCCAAGUGCUGUACAAUUAAUGCGCGAACGACAAACUUAUCAUAAUAUACACCGUAUACGCAAAGGCAUCAACGUGCAGAUUAUUUUCUUUUAUAGAACAAUGGAAGCAAUUAAGCAUUCAACUUUCAGAGGGUCACUUUCGAGAAGUGAGGUCAGAAAGUACUUAUCAUGAAUAUUUUCAUAAAUGUACUAAUUCGUUUGCCUUUUCAGCUUGAUUGACUCUUGAGAUUGGGUCUCCCCUAUUUUAUCCAAUGAUUUUUAAACACUAUUUUUAGUGACCUAAACCUAUGCCUGAACUUGAUAAAUUUGUCGCUGGAUUAAUUGUUUCUACAUCACCUUUUAAUGCUGUGUAUUUAUAGCUAUCAAUCACAUGUCUGGGACUGAGUUUGUUGUAAAGCUGGGCUCAUACUAUCCGUUCAAUGUUUAACAUUUCUCUUUGGAAUAUAAUUACGAUAUUAAAUAAAUCGAUGUUAUAGUAUGAUUGCAGCUUUAUUUUAUUAUUAUUACGUUUAUUGCGAAUUAUAUGGCUAGUGAUUAGACUUUACUUUAGUUAAGUGCAAGUUUUUUUUACAAAUUACUUAUAAAUUGUAAAUACAUCAAUUGAACAAUUAUAAUCACAUAAUAAUGAAGUUAGCUUAAAUUAUAAGCUCUAUGUUUAGUAUAAGUCUGUUGUCUAUUUUAAAACUACUUUAAUGUAAUUCUACUUCUUUUAUUGUAUUAUAACACACUUUUUACACCAGGAAGCUAUGGCGAUGCGAAUGUUGGCAAAUACAUCAGAUACAAAAAUUUUAUAAUUAUAAAUUUGUCCGCAAACAUACAUAGGUAGGUACACGAUAGUUGUUACGAAUCAAACUACCUAUUGGGUAUAAUUGGGCUCGGUGUGGUAUAUAAUAUAAAACGUAUUCGAGCAUAAUAAGCAUACUACUUAUUGUCACUUAUAUUUUAGCUAAAAUGGUGAUUUUACCCCAUAAACUCCAUACCAAUUAGACAAUAUGAACAAAUAAAUACAUUAAAAAAGUAUAUUAGGAAUGAAGACUAAAAGUAAACCCUGAUCUGGUGUUAUUGUUUCAACACAGCAAUGCACCAUAGCUUCCCAAGAAAAUAAUUAUAUUUCCUUUAAAAGGCUGGGUCGCGUGUAAAUUCUUUAAUAUAUUAGGAUAACUGGACGGAAUAGAUAUCACCUCUACUUGAAGCCAGAAACUAAGAUCUGUGAUCGUGUAAAACAUAAUAAUUGUCUACUUAUUUUCGCGUAUCCUCCUAAGGCCCAAGGUCCUACCUAUAGUAGUUACUCAGUUCAAUGAAAUUUAAAUCAUAUUCGAUUGGAACAGAGUUGCUUUUGCUUUGUUUCGUUUAGAAAUUUAACAACGCAAAAUCAACUCUAUUUCCUACAUGGUAGGUUCAAAUUUCAGUGACAAAUUUUCCAUUUUUCAUUUGUAUAGCUGGGCCUUAGGAGGGUAUACAUAUAUUUACUCGUACUCGGUCCGCCUCGGGUGUAGUUUGCUUGUGCAAUACGUUUUUGUAGGCAUAUUGAUGUUAGAUUAGUAUUUGUCGGGACUGUAGUAAUAGAAAUAUGUUUUUGGAAUAUUUAGUGCGCAAUUUUACAUUGUUAUAAUAUAUUCAUUUGUACAUUUUUCGGAAGGUAUUUGCUACCUAUAUUUAUAUUUAAUAAAGAAUAACAAAAGACGAUGUUAAACGAAACUUUUGUUUUUGAUCUUUCUUCUGAGGUAUUUCUGUUGGCAAUGAAAAAUAAUGUAUUAAAAUUAAAAUAUAAAAUUCUACGUGUGCAUUACGGUCGGUGCAAUUUUACUUUAUACAAAUUUUAGUUGAAUUAUGUAAAAAUGCGUAUUUAUUAUAUAUAUUUAUAAAAUCUUGAUCUACUUAUUAGCUUUUAUAUUAUAAUAUUUAACAAAUAUAACUAGUUAAAUGUUUUCUGUACAUUAUUGUAAUAUUUUAGUUGCCAUACUAUAAUAAAAACGGACUACACAGUAUAUCGGCCAGUUACAAGUACAUACACAAUUACAGAAAUAUAUAUAUAUUUAAAUUCUACAUAUUAUACCUAUCUAAAUACUUUGAGAACUUUUGCUCUGAUAUACAAAUUAUAUAGAUCAAAAAUAAUUUUUAGCUUGAUCAUUUUUAACGAUCAACACACAUUAAUCUAAGUGAAGUUGUGAACAACCAGUGUGUAGAAAAUAAACAAGAUUAUACUUUGUUUUUAAAUUAAAAUAAAUUAAAUAUAAUUAAUUGGAAACAUACAUUACAUAUGUACCUAAAUUGCAUUGACGAGACGGCUUUUCAAGCAUUUGAGCUACAGGCUGAGAUUACAAGGCUAAAAAUUAAAAAAAAGUACAUUACUAUCCCUUGUAUUUUUAGUACAUAUUUUGACCGUGAGAGUUAUGGAAAUGUUACUCGGAAAUAGGAUAUUUUAAUGGGUCACUUUUUUGUUGUUUUCACGUGUCUAUGUCAGUCAGCCAACGCGGAUGGCUCUCAAGCAUGUCAAGCAAUUUGGACUAAACGUGAGUGACCCAUUUAAUAUAUUAUUACACGAGUCACUUACGAAAUUUAAAGUCGAAAAUUGCUAGAUCCGCGGUUGCUGAUUGAGCAACCCCGACCCGUGACCCGUUUUAAUGUAUUUAACCCUUAUCCAGGCAUAGUGCACCUAGCGACCACAUACUUGCUAAUAAAAUUGAACCUAAGGAAUCCGAUUUAAGGUUCGAUUGGUCUUUCGGGAAAAGUUACUUAUCAUUAAAUGAAUCAUCAAAGCUGCAUAAAUUUUAAUAAGUAUAUUUGCAUUUUUUGGAAAAACCUUGUAGUUUGGUGCGGCCUGGAAAAGGGUUAAUAUGUCCAUGUCUCACGAGAGUGACCAGUUUUAAUACAUAUAGGCAAUAUUUGUAUGUAAUAUUUAUCCGAUUCGGUGUUCAAUGUAGUAUAUGUAAUUGCAUAACAGUGUUGUAUGACCGUAGUAGCAGCUUUUCUAAGGCGGUCGUCACAUGUCGCUUAAAUAGGUGUGAGAGCGGGACAUGCCUAUAUAUAUGCAUAGCCCUGUCUUGCUCACACACAUCCGCAUCAGUGUGAUAACCGUAACAUUGCUAGAUGUCCGUGCCGAUGGUUCCUAGUCUACGUUUAGUUUUUAGUUAUUAAUACCUCUGGAUUGUUCAUACACAAUGGCAGUGCCGAGACAGCAAUUUAGGAUAUGUAUAGGAACUUUUUGAUUUCUUUGGGCGAUAGGUUUUAUAGUAAAAUGUGGGACAAAUGUUUCGACAGACUUUCAACACUUCAGUGUUAUAAUCUACUUAAAAUUAUAGAUAUGUUGUAGAAACAAGACUUUUGUUAAUUUAAUAAAGACGUUUUGUGAAGUUAUUGUAACUUUUUCAUCGUUAUUUAAAUUUUAUAUUCGUAAAGUACAUAUGUCAGCAUGAGAAAGAAUGCUACUAAUAAACUCUGACAGAAAAAACAAAUUUAUUUUGCGUUUUAAUAACAAUAAUAGGUAAAUAACUAAAUUGGCAGGUAUCUCGUUUCAGUGAUUCGGCUAUAAUAUUACUAUUUAAAUAUUCUUCGUUUUAACGAAAUAAGUAGAUUUAAAAUUGUACCAAAAACGCACAUUUUGUCAGGAUUUUUGUACGAAUCCGUACCGAAACUGAUUAAUUAAAAAGCUUAGGGCGUUACUGCUGCACGUAAUAGUCUCAGGGGUCUCCAAACUACGGCCCGCGAGCCCUUUUAGCCGGGCAAUGAAGAGAGUUGAAUGCUUGGUCGUGGCUCUCGGUUCAAAACGUUUUAAGACCCCUGCGGGUCUGCCGCGAAAAUUGAAGUUUCUUUAUCUGCUUCUAUCACUCUUGAUUCUUAUAUUCGAGUGAUAGAGAGGCAGAUAAAGAUAUAUCGAUUUUCGCGGUAGAGCCUCUAGUUUUGCUGAUCAUAUAUUGUUAUAUUUGUCUUAUGAUUUUACAUUUUAUUCCCGUUUUUAAACUAGCGUAAAUAUAUCGGAACGAUUUUAGCUUUUUUUUUACCCCAAAAACUGCGUAAGCCUUAUUGCUACGAGAUAAGGUUUAUUUUUCACAUGUUUUGUAUUAUAACGUUACGCAUCAAUAACGCUCAGGUUUUUAUAAAUUAAUAUACAAAGUCCGUCUGAAAAUGAUCCGGUGAAACUGUUUACGUAAUAUAUUGUAUUUAGGUAACUAUAGAUUUGUUACUGUGACGACUGUCACGUAUUUUUUAAUUAUUUGUAAAUAAUAAAAAAAUAUUGAGAGAC